AUGGAGCCCUUCACAGCGCGCAGCACCAGUCCGCAGCCGGAGGCAGGGGCCGACGGCGGCAGCAGCAGCAGCCCGGGAGAGGAGCCCCCUCCGGGCGGGCCGCUCUGGACUGCAGUGUUCGAGUACGAGGCGUGCGGCGACGACGAGUUGAGCCUGCGGCCGGGGGACGUGGUGCAGGUGUUGUCGCGGGACUCGCUCGUGUCCGGGGACGAGGGCUGGUGGACGGGGCGGAUCGACCAGCGCGUCGGCAUCUUCCCCAGCAACUACGUGAGCAGCAGCGCGCACAGCCGCCGCCAGGGGGGCGCCCAGGAGCUGCGGUCCCCCUACGCGCCGCCCCCGGCCAUACACCUACUGGAGAUUGACUUCUCAGAGCUGGCUCUGGAGGAAAUCAUUGGCAUAGGAGGCUUUGGAAAAGUCUAUCGAGCUGAUUGGGAAGGAGACGAGGUUGCUGUCAAGGCAGCUCGUUAUGACCCUGAUGAGGACAUCAGCCAGACCAUUGAGAAUGUCCGCCAAGAGGCCAAGCUCUUUGCUAUGUUGAAGCAUCCCAACAUCAUUGCCCUUAGGGGAGUGUGUCUGAAGGAACCUACCCUCUGCCUGAUCAUGGAGUUUGCCCGUGGUGGGUCGCUAAAUAGGGUGCUUUCAGGUAAAAGGAUCCCCCCAGACAUACUAGUGAACUGGGCAGUCCAGAUUGCCAGGGGAAUGAAUUACCUGCAUGACGAAGCGAUUGUUCCUAUUAUCCACCGUGACCUCAAGUCCAGCAACAUAUUGAUACUCGAAAAGGUGGAAAAUGGAGACCUGAGCAACAAGAUAUUGAAGAUCACGGAUUUCGGCUUGGCCAGAGAAUGGCAUAAAACCACCAAAAUGAGUGCAGCUGGAACAUAUGCCUGGAUGGCUCCUGAGGUCAUCCGCUCCUCCAUGUUCUCCAAAGGCAGCGAUGUGUGGAGUUAUGGUGUGCUGCUUUGGGAACUGCUAACUGGGGAGGUACCAUUCCGAGGAAUUGAUGGUCUAGCAGUAGCAUACGGAGUUGCCAUGAAUAAACUUGCCCUUCCGAUCCCAUCCACAUGCCCAGAACCUUUUGCCAAACUCAUGGAAGACUGUUGGAAUUCUGAUCCACACUCACGACCAUCUUUCGCCAAUAUACUAGACCAACUCACUACCAUAGAGGAGUCUGGCUUCUUUGAAAUGCCCAAAGAUUCCUUCCACUCCUUGCAGGAAGACUGGAAGCAUGAGAUCCAGGAGAUGUUUGAUCAGCUUAGAGCCAAAGAAAAGGAGCUGCGCACGUGGGAGGAGGAGCUGACCCGUGCUGCACUCCAGCAGAAGAACCAUGAGGAGCUGCUGCGGCGGCGGGAGCAGGAGUUGGCGGAGCGUGAAAUUGACAUCCUAGAAAGGGAGCUCAACAUCAUCAUCCACCAGUUGUGCCAGGAGAAGCCUCGGGUGAAGAAGCGCAUAGGCAAGUUCAAGAAGAACCGUCUUAAGUUGAAAGAUGGCAAUCGCAUCAGCCUCCCUUCAGAUUUCCAGCACAAAUUCACUGUACAAGCAUCUCCAACCAUGGACAAAAGGAAAAGCUUGAUCAGUAGUUGUUCCAGUCCUCCUGCAAGUCCUACCAUCAUUCCCAGACUCAGGGCCAUACAGUUGACACCUGGCGAAAACAGCAAAGCAUGGGGAUGCAACUCAGUCUUACAGAAGGAGGAAGGAGAAGAGGAAGAGAAGAGAAGCCAGAAGAAGAAAGGGCGUACCUGGGGACCAAGUUCUCUUUGUCAUAAGGAGCUAGCUGCAGGAGAAGAUGGCCUGAAGUCUCUGGUAGAUGGAUACAAACAAUGGUCAUCUAGUGCUCCAAACCUAGGGAAAGUCCAGAGAACUACACCUGCCUUGCCAGGAUUCACUAGCCUAGCAGAGAUGGAGGAUGAAGACAAUGAGUGUCUUAAUGGAGGCGAAGUGCACCCUUCACCUGGGCGCACCCCAUCGUACCUCUGCAUCCCAUUUCAGAAGAGCGGAGACGUGGAUGGCCCACCCAGUGAUGCCAAUGAGGAGUCCACCCCCAUGAAUUCUGCUACAAGCACCCCUCAGCUCACCCCGACCAAUAGCCUUAAACGGGGCUCCCAGCAUAAGCGGUGGGAGGUUGCCUUACUCGGUUGUGGAGCAGUGCUGGCUGCUGCAGGCCUAGGCUUUGAUCUGUUGGAGGCAGGCAAGUGCCAGUUGCUGACCCAGGAUGAGCUGGAACCGCCCAAGGAGGAGAAGAAGAAGCGCGACAGUAUUUUCCAGCGGGCUGGGCGCCCACGCAGAAGCACCAGCCCCCCUUCCCGGAAGCUCUUCAAGAAAGAGGACCCCCUGUUGCUGCUGGGCGAGCCCUCCACCUCACUGACCCUCCUCUCCCUGUCUUCCAUUUCUGAAUGUAACUCCACCCGCUCCCUGCUGCGCUCAGACAGUGAUGAGAUUGUGGUGUAUGAGAUGCCCGUCAGCCCUGUGACAGUCAAGGCUCCCUUGCCAGUAGUUACUAACCCGCUGGUCAAUGUACGCAUUGAGAGGUUCAAGCAGGACCCCAACCAAUCCCUGACUCCCACACAUGUGACUCUCUCUUCCCAUGCCCAGCAAAGGGGGCACAGGCGAACCCCUUCUGAUGGGGCCAUCAAAGUGGCUGGACUGGUUGCCAAUGGGUGCUCUCCCAGUGGGUGCACUUCCAGUAACUGUUUAACUGGUGCACUGGGCGCAGGUGUAUUAAAAACUCCCAGCCCAAGUCGAGAUCCAAAUGAGGUCCCUCGCCUGCCAGACCCCAACCUUGUCUUUCCUCCAACCCCAAGACGCUGGAAUGCACAGCAGGACUCCACACUGGAAAGACCCAAGACCUUGGAGUUCUUGCCAAGGCCACGCCCUUCAGCCAAUCGGCAGCGGCUUGAUCCCUGGUGGUUUGUGUCACCCAGCCAAGCUAGGGGUGAAUCCUCUGCCAACAGUUCAAGUACUGACACCCCAAGCAAUCUGGACUCCUGCUUUGCUAGUAGCAGCAGCACUGUAGAGGAGAGGCCAGGACUUCCUGCUCUGCUUCCUUUCCAGGUGGGUAUUCCUGUAGAGGAGCAGAUGCUAUUGGACAUAGAUGUUGAGGGGCAGAGCCAGGACAGCACAGUUCCGCUAUGCAGAACUGAACUUAAAACAACCAAACCUGCAGCGUAUGAACUGAAACAAGAGUUCUGGUCUUAGCAUGAAAUCCAUUAGGGGGCAGUAAGCCCCUUUAGAGUCAAUCAUACUACUUGCACUGAGAAUGCACUUUGAAGACAGAUAAAAUGGAGGGAUGCUACUGAGAUCAUAUAAUGGUG